AUGAAGUCUGAUGAAGUUGUAGAUCCCUUUCCUGACCUUGUGCUUCCUUCUGUGACUUUAUCUUCAUCAAUUGAUCUUCCCGUUAAAGACUCUCAUUUUCAGCCUGAACCACAUACUCAAGCUUUGCCUUACAAUAUUAUCCCAAAUUCUUCCAAUAACACAGAUUACCCUGCUCCAGAAUCUCAAACUCCUAAUCAAUCACCACCUAUCAGUCAGGACUCGGAGAAGUUGGGUUUUUUGGAGAAUGAGUUGAUUCAGGUGAAUGUGAGUUUCAUAGGCAAAUGCCACAUGGCAGUGGAGGAAAAUUUGGGAUCUUUCGGGUUCGGGAAGAACGAGCCUCAGUGGGAAUGGGGUGUCCAGGAGGCAGAGGAGGUGGGAGAAGGAGAAGCAGGAGAGGUUGAGGAAAUAGGAGCCCAAACAUCUUGUGAAAAUUGUAAAUUGCUCGCCCACACUUGCACGGCCAUCGCAGGGCCUCUGGAAGAAUUUCCGGAGUCAUUACUUGAGAUGGGGAACUCUCUACUGGAGAAACUGCAUUAG